ACGCAAUGGCACACAACAGCUGCUCAUUUAGUUAAAGAAGGUGGCAACUCUCGUAAUUUAAACAAGUUGGCAUCACUUUUUGGCGGGAGUCGAGGCUUGUGAAAUUGUCUGCAAUUAAAUUAAUAUAAACUCAAGAAAAUGAACGAUUCCUUUGGAGAUUUCAAUGCCACCCAGACAGCUGGCGCUGCAUCGGAGCAGAAGGGAGAGGGAAUCCUCCCCAUGCUAAUAAAGCAGAUUCUCCUUCUGCCCGAGGGCAAUAUCGAGCUAUUUGGCAUGCACUAUGCCAUGACCACAGUGGUUGCAAUUGUGCGCAAUAUUGAGACAUCCUCGACCAAGAUAACCUACACGCUGGAGGAUCACACUGGACGUCUUGAUGCCCAUUAUUGGCUGGAGGAAGGUGAUGCUCAUAAAGCUCCCGAUGUCAUGCUGAAUAACUAUGUUCGCGUCUAUGGCACAACACGAUCCCAGGGGGGCCAAAAGACACUAAUGGUGUUCAAAGCAUUGCCCGUGCUAGAUCCCAAUGAGGUUACCACACAUCUUCUUGAGGUGCUAAAUGCCCGCUACAAGGCAGAGGCCUAUCAAGAGAAGGGUGGUUCGUCAGGUCAUCAGAAUUCCACAAUGCCCGAUUUCAGUGCCAGCCAAAGUAAUGCCCUGGUCAACGGUUUGGAUGCCAAGCAACAGGCCGUAUUCCAGGCCAUUAAGAGUAACGUCUCCGAGGAGGGCAUUGGUCGUAAGGAGUUAAAGGGCAAAUUCUCUCACAUCAGCGAUUCGGAAUUGAACAACAUUCUGGAAUUCAUGAUCUCGGAAGGCCAUAUUUAUUCAAGCAUAGAUGCUGAUCACUUCAUCUGUACCAUGUAAAUCUCUUAAAUAAGUUUAUUAAUUUAUUGUUUAAGCGCAUUCAAUAUCAAUGAGCCAAUUAUGCAGCAAGAACUUCAUUUCCUACAAUUGUCCAGUAGUUGGUUCAUUUAAUAAUCCAUACAAAAGGAGCCACAAAAUAAUUCCAUUACAAGGUUUAAUUAAAAUCGUUAUUGUCUGAUAAUCAGUCCCAAUAAUUUGAUAUGAACUAAUUGUUAAGAUAAUAAAACAACUAUGUGUGAGCCAGGAACUCCAUUAUAAGCAAAGGAA